UAAAGAUUCUUCGACUUCCUGUAUCUUCACAAGUUGCAAGUGAUGGAUGAGAAUGAAAUUCCCACAAACGUCCCACAAACAGAAUACUCUGACCCAGAUCUUCAGAGGAAGCACUCAUUAAUGCUUGAGCGCCUCUCAAACCGUCACCAGAAUCGUUUGGAUAACUCCCGCCGAUCUGAGUCUGGAUCAUCUUCUUUUGAAUCCACUUCAUCCUUUUUUUCACGCUUUUCUGAAAUGAAGUGCUCCAUUGAGUCUCGGCUAGCUGAUUGCCAAACUGCUCCCUCUGAUCCAGCUCAACUCAAGUUUCACUUUGAAAAAAUAUCUGCAUCUAUUUCUGAUCUAGAGAAACUUGUUGCUGAAAACUCAUAUUUCUUGCCAUCCUAUGAUGUUCGAUCCUCACUCAAAACUGUUGCAGAUUUGAAACAAAGCCUUGAGAGUUUGAAUUCCCAACUUGUUCCAAAAAAGAAAUUUGCAUUUAAGAACAAAGGAAACAAGAAAGAAUCCGGUGUUGCAGAAUUGAAAGAGCCUCCUCCUUCGAAGUGCACUGAUGCUUCACCAGAGAAACUUACCGUGUGGGAUUCGCCAGGAUUUAGAGGCAAAGUAGGUCAGGUUUUGUUCGAGGAGUUUAGGGGAUCAGAAGUUGGAGAAUUCACAAUUUCAGACCUUGAUUCUUGUGAAGUUAGAUUAAUUGGUUGUUUAAGGGCGCUUUUUAUUCAUAGGCUGAAGAAUUGCCAGGUUUAUGUAGGGCCUGUAAUGGGUUCAAUUCUUAUUGAGGAAAUUGAGGGAUGCAUCUUUGUGAUGGCAUCUCAUCAAAUUAGGAUUCAUCAUGCCAAAAGAAGUGAUUUUUACUUGAGAGUUAGGAGUCGACCCAUAAUUGAGGAUUCUAGUAGUGUGAGGUUUUCACCAUAUUGUUUGACUUACGAAGGGAUUGAAGAAGAUCUUCAGCAUGCUAGUCUUGAUAAUGAGACUGGAAAUUGGGCAAAUGUGGAUGACUUCAAGUGGUUGCGUGCAACACAAUCUCCAAAUUGGUCAAUAUUGCCAGAGAAUCAGAGGAUUAAGAUUGUUGAUAUAUCAACUCAGGAGAUUAAAAACAACAACACUUGAGUUCUAUGCAUGUCUCAUAGCAUGCCAAAGUGUUCAAGAUUGUGUCUUUUUUGUUAAGGGCUCAUUCAGUUCAGUUAUAUGUCAGGUUAUCUCUGUUGAUGCCCUUGACCUGUUGAUCAACAAUUUAUUGCCAGCCAACUGGGUCGUUCUUGCUGUACUCUUAACAGAAUGGAAUUCAAGUUAAUGGGAAUUAAAGUCAACAAAAUGCAUUGCCGAGUGUUACGAUUGCUGUGUGUGAGAGAGUGGACAUGUGUGAAGAGAACAACAGAACCCUACAAUUUUCCAGCUGCAGCACCAUGUCCAUGCUGCUCUGAAUCUCCCUAUUUUGAAUUUCGAUCUUAUUUAAUGUUUAUGAUUAGUCUAAUUUUUUUUUUGGGAAAAAGUUAUAUUUAUUCUGCUUUUUGUUUCCUUUAAAAUCAAAACAAUAGUAAAACUCUCAUUCUCCUUUAAAUUAAUCUAUAAUCUUUCCUUGUUUUGUUUUUU